CCAUUCUGGCUCCAGCCGUUUGUUUGUUUGUUUCCGUCCGCGCCUCUUUGGGACUGCUGCUGCAAGCCGCUCUGGGCCGUCGGCCCGGCCGAGCGAGAGCCGCGGCAGAUGGCGUGGCGCGUGCGCCCCUCGUUCAGCGACAGCAUCGAGGUCAUCCAGUUCGACCCGGAGUGCAGGGGCCCUGGCCAGGCCAGCGUCGCGGCCGUGGUGGCUGCGGGCCCGCGGGCCGCGGGGCGGGGGGCGUCCCCGCCUCCCGCGAGGGCCGCCGGCGGCGGUGCUCCGGAGGCGCUCCUGCGGCAGGCGGCUGCCUCUGUCGGGGGCCCGCGGCCCAGCCCCUCGAGCCCGCCGCCCUCGCCGUGGAGCGGCGGGCCGCACUGCAGCCUGUUCACCGAGCCGGUCGACAGCGACGCGGGGGAGGCCGCCGAGGAGAGCCCGUUCGCCAAGGCGGCCCAGAGGCGGCGCAUCCGCCGCAGCGUCACGGCCAAUCUCGGGCCGGGCCUGCCCCCGCACGUCCUGCCGGCGGUGGUGACGUCGAAGAUCCUGUCGCGGCGUCGAGUGACACGCCCGACGGGGGUUUGCCUCAGUGCAGAUGGCAGCGCGAUCUGCUCUGCCGUGGAAGGCGUCCCGCGAGGCAGUUCAGGCUCGGCAUCGUCGUCGGACUGA